AUGGCGACUUCGGUGGGCGCGGGGGGAAGGUGCGCGAGCCAGGGACGCGAGGGAUGCACGUUUUCGAGUCGGUGCGGACAUCGAGCCGCGCGAGGACCGCAGUGCACGGGCGUCGACCGCGGGGUGGCGUACUACGAGACGGCGUUGGAACGCCUGGGGGCGACGGGGUUCGCGCGCGUCGGCGUGGCUUCGCGGGAGGCGAAUUUGGACGCUUCCGUGGGGGCGGACGCGCACGGGUACGCGUUCAUUCAGAGAACAGGGAGCGUGGUGCACGAUCGAGCGCCCGCGCCGUACGCGGACGCGCGCGUGAAGGAGGGCGACGUCGUCGGCGUUUGUCUAAAUCUCGAGAUUUCAGACGCGCAAAGUUGGUUCGCGAGGAUUUCACGCCGACUACGACGGCGUGACUCAUCGUACAUCGAGUUUUAUCUCAAUGGUUUGUCUCUCGGACGUGCGUUCGUAAACGAAAUCACACCAGGUACGUACUAUCCGUGCGUCUCGCUUUUCACGAUGCCGCAUCAGAUUGAGCCGGCGACGGUUCGAAUGAAUUUCCACCCACCUUGGAUCGCGCCGCCAAAGUCGCAGCUCCAGCACCGUGGGUUCGGCGAAUGA